UAUAAAUCGAAUCUGGUCCCCAACGGCAGCCACAUUCAUCCAACCGCCGUCAAGGAGAGCACUCGCGUAUCGGUCCUGCUCCUAUCGAAUACUGGAAUAUAUAAAUACUUUUUUUGUCUGUGAACUACUCUGUGUGUGAAUUAACAUCAGAAAAUAUGCUGAAAUUCGUUCUGCCCUUAUUAGCCCUUCUUGCCCUGAGCUCGGCUCUGAAGAUCCACGAUUACCACCACCAGGACCACGAGGAGUACGAGCACCAUGAACCGGAGCAUGAGGAGACGGAGCUGCACCACGAAGUGGAUCACAAGCAUGCCACUUCCCACCAGAGUGUCAAGUUCCAUCACUACCAUGCCGUGCCCGUUUACAUCAAAAAGGAGGAUCAGCAUCUGGUAAAGAAGCCAAUCGAGAUCGGAGGCAGUAAGCAAAAGCUCAAGAUCCUGCACCCAAAGACGGAACACAACCAUAACCAUGGCCUGGUUUUGGAGAACCACAGCGAGUCGCAUCUCCACGAGCAUGGCCACUACGAGGAGCCAGUGCAUCAUUCGGAGCACUACGAGCACUAUUCACACCACGAAUAAGGAUUCCGAUCGGAGUCUGGAAUCCGCUUUGCCAAAUAAGUUGUGUUUCGUUAGUUUUAAGAUUGUAUGGUAAUCUUGUGUUAAUAAAGCAUUCUCCUAGAGUAAUAUCAAA